CACGCAACCCCUUCGAUUGCAACCAUGCCUCCCAUCUCUAUCUCUAUUUCCUGCACCCGCUCUUGUUUAUGCUCACAACACCAAGGCGCCGUGCUAACCCCCAAGUCCUCGCAAACACACUCACAUCCAAGCGGACAACUGCAUUCACGUUCGCUCAACACAAUGUCCGUCCCAACGCCCACAAUAGCCCGGAUCUGUCGGCUCAUUUCUUGGUUCAGCAACUCAGUAUCCAUUGCAUGCCGAUGCGAAUGUGCCACUGUCGAGCGCAAGUUUAAAAUAAGGCGCUGGCCAAUGACGUUAAGAAGCGGGAUAGUGAAUCUAAGUUGUAAGAGGGAGCGGUCAGUGCAGAGUUGGCAGGCAUAUGGUAUGCGGGUGCCAGGGAACGUACGUUAUGGAGAUGAUGUUCUUGGGGCUCUAGGGUGGAGUUGAUGAUGACAUGAGUGUGUGAAGGAAGUGAAAGAUGUAACCUUACGUCUUGAUAUACCGUCCUAUAUAGCACUUUAGUGAACAAUAUAGCACACACGAGAAAAUUAACACUCACCACGCAAAAAUA